ACUGGAGCGCUACGACGCCUUGUUCAGUCCUAGCCCGGCCCGUGUCCGAUAGAGAGUAACCCAGCCCGACCCGAGCCCCACACAGUUAGUCUAUUUAUUGUUUCAACACAAAAGCAACGCCAACUCCAACGCCUUAACGCGCAGAUGGGCUCAGGGUGGGUUUCCAUACUCUAGUGAGUAUCAGACGGGACCAACGGGAACCAGUGAAACCAGGACUCAGUGAGUCAGAGCUCUGGUACCAGGACCAGUGGAACCAGGACUCAGUGAGUCAGAGCUCUGGUACCAGGACCAGUGGAACCAGGACUCACUGAGUCAGAGCUCUGGUAACAGGACCAGUGGAACCAGGACUCACUGAGUCAGAGCUCUGGUACCAGGACCAGUGGAACCAGGACUCACUGAGUCAGAGCUCUGGUACCAGGACCAGUGGAACCAGGACUCACUGAGUCAGAGCUCUGGUAACAGGACCUGUGGAACCAGGACUCACUGAGUCAGAGCUCUGGUACCAGGACCAGUGGAACCAGGACUCACUGAGUCAGAGCUCUGGUACCAGGACCAGUGGAACCAGGACUCACUGAGUCAGAGCUCUGGUAACAGGACCAGUGGAACCAGGACUCACUGAGUCAGAGCUCUGGUAACAGGACCAGUGGAACCAGGACUCACUGAGUCAGAGCUCUGGUACCAGGACCAGUGGAACCAGGACUCACUGAGUCAGAACUCUGGUAACAGGACUGUCUCCACAGUAUCCAGAGAGACGGUGAGGGUAGCCCUGCUAUCAGUCGAUGGUGAAGCGAAGGAUGCCUCCUGCUCCAACCUCUGUUAGUUUGGUACUGGACUUAGAUUAAGCCAGUACUUUAUUAAGUAUAUCCCAUUUGGGAUAUUUUAGAGCCAAAAAUAAGGGACAGAAGUUUAGUAGUUUAGACAGUAGAAUUAUAAAAAGGAUAAAGAUUGAAAGCCAUAACACGACCAAAUCGAGGUCACAGUUUUCCUCCAGCGCACUCGUGUUGGUCCACUCGGUCCCCAUGGCAGCAGUGUUCCAGGUCUCAGUGUUCCUGGUCUCAGUGUUCCUGGUCUCAGUGUUCCUGGUCUCAGUGUUCCAGGUCUCAGUGUUCCAGGUCUCAGUGUUCCUGGUCUCAGUGUUCCUGGUCUCAGUGUUCCUGGUCUCGGUGUUCCAGGUCUUGUUGUUCCAGGUCUCAGUGUUCCAGGUCUCAGUGUUCCAGGUCUCAGUGUUCCAGGUCUCAGUGUUCCAGGUCUCAGUGUUCCAGGUCUCAGUGUUCCUGGUCUCAGCGUUCCAGGUCUCGUUGUUCCAGGUCUCGUUGUUCCAGGUCUCAGUGUUCCUGGUCUCAGUGUUCCUGGUCUCAGUGUUCCAGGUCCCUGUGUUCCAGGUCUCAGUGUUCCAGGUCUCAGUGUUCCUGGUCUCAGUGUUCCAGGUCUCAGUGUUCCAGGUCUCAGUGUUGCAGGUCCCUGUCUUCCAGGUCUCAGUGUUCCUGGUCUCAGUGUUCCUGGUCUCAGUGUUCCUGGUCUCAGUGUUCCAGGUCUCGUUGUUCCAGGUCUCGUUGUUCCAGGUCUCGUUGUUCCAGGUCUCGUUGUUCCUGGUCUCAGUGUUCCUGGUCUCAGUGUUCCUGGUCUCAGUGUUCCUGGUCUCAGUGUUCCUGGUCUCAGUGUUCCAGGUCCCUGUGUUCCAGGUCUCAGUGUUCCUGGUCUCAGUGUUCCAGGUCUCAGUGUUGCAGGUCCCUGUCUUCCAGGUCUCAGUGUUCCUGGUCUCAGUGUUCCAGGUCUCGUUGUUCCAGGUCUCGUUGUUCCAGGUCUCGUUGUUCCAGGUCUCGUUGUUCCAGGUCUCGUUGUUCCAGGUCUCAGUGUUCCUGGUCUCAGUGUUCCUGGUCUCAGUGUUCCAGUGUUCCAGGUGUUCCAGGCGUCCUGGUCCAGGGUGUUUCUGACUGUGGUUGUGUUGCAGGGCUGGGCUGAAGGAGGACCG